AUGAGGCGGUUCAUAAAGAAGUAUGUUUCAGCCUGUUUAGAAUGUGCUCACCAUAAGGUACCAGGUGGGAGACGAGAAGGUGAGUUGCACCCAAUAGAAAAAUAUAGCAUACUAUUUCAUACUAUUCACGCUGAUCACCUGGGUCCUUUUAUAAAAAGUAAAGUAGGAAAUUGUUAUAUAUUAGUUAUAAUAGACAGUUUUACAAAAUUUAUUAAUACUACAUCCGUUAAAAACACUAAAUCACUGACAACUAUUAAAGUUCUAAAAGACCACAUUAGUUUCUUUGGAGUACCAACGCGCCUUAUUAGAGAUAGAGGGUCCAGCUUUACAAGUAAAUCAUUUAAAGAUUUUAUUGUCGAGUAUGGAAUAAAGCAUGUCAUGAACGCAGUUGCGACUCCAAGAGCCAAUCGUCAGGUGGAACGGUUCAACAGAACCAUUACAGAGGCACUAGCGACAUCAAAUCAUGGGAAGGACGAAAAGGCUUGGGACGAACACAUUCGAGACAUACAAAUUGGUCUUAACACUACGGUCCACAAAACUACUCAUAAAUCACCAUCAGAACUCUUAUUUUGCUUUAAUAUAAAUAACAGAAGUCAGGGAAUCCUAAGUACAAUAAUCAAUGAUACAUUAAAUGUAAUAUCGUCUGAUGAAUUAGAAUCUGUCAGGGAGGAGGCUAAUAAACGUAUUCAGGCGCAACAGCAAAAAGAUGUUGAUCGAUAUAACAGGCAUAGAAAAGCAGGUAGAAAGUACAAGGUAGGAGACUUAGUUCGUAUAGAAAGACAAGUCCCGCAUGAUGGUAAAUCGCAAAAAUUAGUAAUUAAAUACCAGGGCCCGUAUCGUAUCAUUAAAGCGCUCCCUCAUGAUAGGUUUAUAGUUGAAGACACGCCGUUGUCACGUAAAAUAAUGGUCGUAGGUACGAAGAAAUAG